AUGAGGUUGCAAGAACUUCAAGAUGCUAUAAACAAACUUCCAUUGAGACAUCCAAUUGACGUCAAAUUGUAUUGGAGAGCAUCUGAGUUAGGUCAGAAGGUUUUAUAUGAAACAGGUUGCUUCGACGAUGUUUAUGAGAUAACAGGAGAAGUUUCUCAGAAGAUAAGAGACUCACUUGAAUUUCCACAAACUGGACCAAUUGGUUGCGACAAGUUCGACUCAGAUGAAAAGAUAUACUAUGUCGACCUUAACGCUGCAUACAUGAGGUUUGUCCAAUAUAUUCCGACUGGAAUUCCAAACGAAGAUGGUGAGUUCCCGGGAAGGAACUAUACAGUUGGAAAAGUCAUACAACAACU